AUGACUGCCCAGGUGUAUGAAAUGAAUCUGCAUAUCUUCUCCAAAGUCUUCCAUCUUAUAGGUAUAAGAAUGAAUGCAAGAAUAGCUAAAAUGGCUCUUGAAUUCCACCUCACAUUGCUGAUAUUUUUGGAAUACAAAUGGAUACUCGAUGUUUGGAGAACUGGUUUUAGCACCAAGAUUUUUAUUCAUUACCAAACAGAGAAUCCUGUGCAGAAUGUGAUGCUGACAGCUGAUAAAUUGUGGUUUUGUUUUCUUUCACCAACUGCCACAUCAUUGGUCCAUCUUGUACGUACAUUUUGGACUUACUGCAGACGCAAGACCACGAUGCCCAAGUAUGAUGCACCAUAUCUCAAGCGACCUAUAGUAAAGAAGCCUCCUCAGCAGCAUCUCCAGUCUAUGAUGAGUAAAACAGAGGAAACAUCACUUGAUAUGGGUAGUCGAAUUACUUUUGGCAACAUGCCCAGUUAUAGCCCUGGACGGCCACCACUGAGUCCGACACUAUCUCGCAGCAGGUCGCUCGACUCCUGCCGUGAGCACAAGCUGCAGACGAUGAGACGACCUGGCCCUCCAGCAGGGGGAUCUCAGUCUGAAGAAGAAGCACUUCAAUCAGGGGAGGACGAGGCAGUGUCGUUUAUUGAGCUACCAUCUAACAACCUGAGCAAGAUACCCGAGAAGGGAAUCCUGAAGAAAUCAUAUGGCCUCCUCACGCCAGCAGAGAAGGAGAAGUGGGGUGAGGAGUCCCAGAGCGACAACAACGAUGUCCUCAGUCAGAGUGAUAACAAUGCUGAUCCCGAGUGCCAAGUCUCUGAAGUUGAACGGACACUUAAGAGUCUCAAUGGUUACCAUGAAGAUAUCAUCGAUGCUCUUAAGAGAGCUGCAUCACACCGCUCUGGAGCAACCUCAAUGUCUUCUGAUGAGUUACACACUGCUCAUCAUGACACCUAUCCACGCUUUCCACCGGGCGCUGCAGCUAUUGGUGGGCCUGGAGAGUUCACGAGACUGAAAGCCUCACAUGAAAAACUAGCUGAUUCUGGAGGAGAAGAAGAGCAAGUGCCGCCAUGUGGCCCAAUAAGAAUUCGCAACCUGGAGGAUUUGAUACGGCAGCUUGAGCAUCAUCCGUCACGCCACAUGUCGCCUUCAGGGUCUGAGGAGAUCCGGAUGAGUGAGACGGAAGCUGAUCGGCACUACCGCCUCGACUCCUCAUCCUGCACAGAGUCACAAGGGUAUGUGAGGCCGUGGCGCAGAGGGCAGGAGUUUGGGCACGGGGACUUCGGUGGUCCUCUGGUGGGGCCAUCAGGCUCCCCUGGGACCCCCGGAGACAAAUUGGCAGAGCUGUUGCAGUUGGCUUCCCCAGAAGACCACGAGAGGAUCCUACGUGCUGCGGCCAUGCUGUCCCCAGAGAGUCCCACAAGGUCCCCAGGCACCCACAGAGGUAGAGCAGACAAUGGUGGAAUGGGUUUCGUAUACGGUCGAUAUAGACAGCCUCCGAGCAGCGGUGGGACCGGGUCAGCGAGUGGACGUGGCUCAGACAGACUAGGUAGUGGUGGGCAUGAGUUCUCAGAUGGUGCUGACAGUCAUGCCUUCACAGAGGAGGAUGACCUUGAAAGACCAGAUGCUGGGGAAACAGCAGAUUCUGAAAGUGAUGAGUACUCGGCGAGACCAUCUAGUGCCCUCCUGCGCUCUGCCAGUGAAGAAGCACUGCCUGUCACACGGUACGAGGCAGCGAGGUUUGAGGCAGCUUCACCCCAGGAUCCACGCCUCUAUUCACCGCCAUCUGAUGCUGCUUCCUACCAUGAUGACCAGGACUUCCCGCCCACAGAGCAACAGAUCGAAGAACCACUAGAGGCUGCUGAUCCAGACCAUGCCCUCCUGCCCCAGAGGAGGUAUCCUGAGUACAAGCACUGACACUGGCCCCACUAGGAAACUGGGAGGGCCAGGUUUCUUUAGAACAAACGCCAUCAUUAGUUGUUGAUGCAGAACUAAUUGUUCUUGACAGCCAGUGCAUCUUCCUCCAAGUAAAAGUAGCAAUUUAUGGUAGACAUAGGACUCUAUAAUUGCUACAGUUAUCUUUGCAGAGUCAACUUGUGGCUGCAGACACUUAUACUUUAGGCAGCUAAGUACAGGCUGGGUAUUUUCAUUACUGGUAUGUCAACCAGCUUUUGCCACAAGUUCAUCAAUUUUAGAUCCUUUGUGGAACAUGUUACAUGCUGCAAUAGUAGUGACAGAUGGGUUGCAAUGAUAGUGAAAGCCACUCCUCUUGUGUUAGUGAGAAAUGGACUGCCAUUCUAGUGAAUUGUAGACAGCUAUGCUAGUGAAAUAAGGCCUCAUGGGGAGUGGCACCCUAGGCCCAGACUUUGCUCUCUACCCCGAGAAGUGUUCAUCAACCAGUUCUUAUCAAGUCUCAGUGCCCUGACUCGUCUCACAAGGGAUAUGCCACUGUCAACAAUCAUAUAAUUUUUACAGUGUACAGUAUUAAUUUUUAGAGUAAAAGUCAUCUACGGAAAAGGUUUAAUAGGGCCCAGGAUACGAAUGUUCUCACUCACUGUGUGUCUCAAAUAUGCUUCUGGUGAGAUUGAAAAUAUAGGAUUUUAGUUUGCUAAUGCAAACUUAGCCGUCCAGCGCACGAGUGAUACUCCACUUCUUCACCAUCAAGAUGUCAGUUCUGUUGCUCAAACCGAUCGAAGAAUCUCAACCCUGUAAUACAGUACCUUGAGAUGUCAGUUCGGAUAUGACCCCAAUAUUUCUGUUUAUGUGUGUAAUGUAAAUGUAGUUGACAAGCCAGUGACAUAACUUAAUCUGUCAGUCUCUUAAGCUUAGAAUUUUGCAUUUCUUGUAUAAGAAAAUCUCUGCUUAUGAAGACUGAGAGGUUAACCAGUUCCUUGACUGUCAGUACCUUGUCAACAUUCUCUCCCAGAAUCAUCACUGGAAUUAGAUGUUUAUACGUACAGUUGUGUAUCUCACACACUGCCCAUUUAAAUCUUUUUCACAAUGUAGGUGGCCAAUGAUGCUCACCCAGUACCUUGUAAAUAAUUUUCUAGACAGGGUGUCAGUACUUACCCUUUGCUGCAGUGCAAAAGUUCAAUGCAAGCAUGAGGGUUGAGGCUUAUCUGCCAGCUACUUUGAUUAAACUAGCAGCUGGUAAAUGACCCAUCAGCUGUAGUGGCUGGUUGGCUCUCAAUGAUUCUUCAGAGCAGGAUCUUUAUGAUCUUAAACUUUUCACUCAGUAUAAGACUUCUAUCAUCCUGAAAAACUUGUGCAUAAAGCAGGCAUAUUUUCAGAGAUAGAAGAUUGACACUACUCGCAUAUUCUUAUUUACCUUCAGCUACUUUGAAGGGCGAAAUCAUAACUUUCAACAUUUUGAGUCUCAUUGCUCUAAAUGUUGCAGGACUGUGAAAGCAUGAUCACCUUAUUUUAAAAUUCUUGCUCUUGAUACUUGAAACAGUGCUUUUGAACAUUACACAUUUUCAGGAAUUUUAACGUCUCAGUACCUACAAAACACUAUAUCAACUAAUCAGAUUUUCUAACUAUAUAAUUUACCAUAAACCAAAAAGUUAUAGAGCAAGGACAGAAGUUGCUAUGACAGACAAAAGGUUUACAUACUGUAUAUUAAUAUUUAGUCAAAAUGUAGCCCAAUGAGAUUGGUUCAGCUACUGAGGAUCUCUGUUAUGCCAGCCCUCUGUCCUGAUUAUAAUCAAAACAAGCACUACAGAUUGCAUUAAAAUCUUGUUUAUCUUUGAGUCAGGAACAAGUUUCCAGCAGCUGAUACUUCAAAUGAUGCUCAAGUAUGUAACAUAUAUUAUUCAUGAAGUGAAAAGUCAUGUAAUAUCAGUCAUUGCCUUCUGGGAAGGUAAAGUGCAGACUGAAAUGAACAAAGUGAAAGAACUUAACUUUCUUGAAGAAUUGCCUUCUAAGAAGGUAAGGGAGUGAAGAUUACACCUUAUAAAAAGGGAAAUGUAAAGGACCCCUACUCAUGUCUUUACAAUGACUUCUGUGUCUGUGCUUGAACAGUAAUGCCCAUUGGGGAUCAGUACUUGAAAUGGCAUAUUAUCUAGUCUGAAUCAAAGACCUUCUGUCCUACUGCCAAUCAUUCACCCUCAUUAGUCAUGUGAUUAGUAUCAUCAAAGGUAGAAGGUGUUGGCUGUAAGCUUUUAUUGCUCAGUAUGGGGCAAUGAUAAUGGAAGAGUGCUGCCACAAGAUUAUAUGUUAUAGUGAAAUUCCUUCACAGAAUUAAUGAGGUGCAGUAAGAGUUAUGGACUCAUAAUAUCAAAUAACCACACAAUUUUAAAUCAUGUUGCAUCCUUGUCAUACAAAAAAAGAGCUUGUUUUAUUUUGUAAUCAUAACUGUCAAGCCUCAUUAAUUCAUAUUGCUAAUAACACUGGUGGUAAUUGUUAGCAGAAGCUUCUGUGAAAACAAAAUAAGAAGAAACACACAGAAAUAAAUAAAAGAUUACAUAUACACUGUAUACUAAGUCUAAAUCGAAAAUGCUUAAAGAAAGUGCAAAAUAUUUGUCCUUCAAACUGAAUUAAUGAGGCUUGACUCCAUGAAUAGUCAUGACCUCUCUCAUAUGACACUGAAGGAGGGACAGCAGAAGGACAGAUAUACAGACAAUAAUUUAAUUUAUAUUUGAAUAUUUUGCUAUUUAUUCUAGUGUGUAACUUAAAGGUAGGCUAGAAUGACAAAUGCAGUCACAGAAAUAUAAUGAAAAACUUACUCAAAGAAUCAUAAUUCUUAUACUGUAUGUGUAUUAUAUUUUUAAAAGUAAAAAUUAACUAAAAAGUCACAUGUGCUCCAGAAUUUCCAAAACCUGUUAGAUGAUUUGUAUGAGUGCCAUGGCAUUAAAACAAAUUUUUCACCAAAGCAGGAUGACUCAAAGAAGAAAACACUUUCACCAUCACUUUCUCCCUAGCUGUGCCUUUCCCAAAGGGAAUAAACAUCAUUGUUAGAUGGUGACCCACUGAACCAAAACAUCUCUAGCUGACUCUCAAAGUAUAGGCAUUACAUUUCCCAACUUCAAAACUCUAAUCUGGCUAAGACUCCAACAGCAUGUCAAAUCCCAAAGAUCACCUGUCUCCACUCUGAUCUAACACGCUAAUACAUGCUUGCUGUAUGCUCAAAAGACUAUCCCUCAAUACCUCCUUCAUACCCUCUCUAACCCUUCUGUAGAUAUUCUGCACACUAACUUCCAUCCACUCAGGAUUUAUACAUCAUUUUAAUCAGUCUCUCUUGCUCCGCCCUUUCUAUUAUUAUUAUAAUCAAAAAGAAGCGCUAACCUCCACUCUCUCUAAAUGACUACAUUAUCUUAGUGACCUCUUCCCUCCUCUGAAUUAUACGUUUCAUACUGUCUACUAAUUUUUUCACUUUAUAUUCUUUCAGAUCAGUGAAAGGUGUAAAUAUUAUGUAAUCACAUCUCAACUGCAUCCAGCCUCCUCAUUUCAGUACUAAAAAUCUUACAAAAGGGAAUGUACUCUGGUACAUUCCCUUUUCCGCCUCCAUUAAUAAAUUUUCUGUUAGACACCUCAACACUUCACCUACCUUUUUUUUGUCAUUCUGUGAUUUACCUCAUCUUUCAUAUACUUGUCUGCUGGCACAUCCAUUCCCAAAUAUAUAAAUAAAUUUGUUUUCUCCAUACUACCACCUUCUUCCAGUCAAAUAUUCAAUCUUUAAUUGCAUAGGCUCUUCUGCCUCAACACCUUGAUCUUAUUCUUUUUUACAUCCUUCCAUAUUCUUCCACCACACUUUACAACUUCUCUUCUGAAUCUCGAAAAGUACUGUGUCAUCAGUAAAUAAAUGUGACAGUCCCCAGUUUAUGUAAUAUUCGUUAUCUUUUAAUCCUAUACUUCUCCCCAACCCUUAGCAUUCACUUCUUUUGCACACUAUAAAUAUAUUAAAUACACUACUCAUCACAAAAUCAUGUCUAAGGCCUACUCUUACUGGAAAAAUAUUUCCCUUCUUUCUUAUGUAUCUUAACCUGAGCUUCACUUUCCUUCUAAAAAUUUGACAACUUUUAAUAACCUGCCACCUAUUCCAUAAAUUUUCAACACCUGCUAUAUUGCCCAUCCCCUAUCCAACAUACAUGUUUUUUUUUUUUCCAAAUCCACAACUGCAACAAAUAGAUCUUCACUCUUUAUCUAAAUUUUACUCAUGUACAUAAUGCAAAUUCUUGAUUCACUUAUUCCUUCCAAUCCUAAAUCAUCCUUGUUCCUCAGUAAUCCUACUUGUCUUUUCCCAAUAAUUCUUUCAAUAAUAAUUCUAGUGUUCACUUGACCUACAAUAGUCAACAGGCAUCUUCCACUAUAAUUCUUACACAUUCUCUUGUCUCACUGCCACCAGCAAAGGAACCAUAGUUGCUUUCUGCCAAUACUUAAUAACCUCCUCUUCCUCAAUACAUAUAUUAUAAAAUAAUUACAAAAUAGUAUAUUUGCAGAUGCUUUCAUCAUUUGUCUUAAUUCUGUCUAUUCUUGCUGGUUUACCCUUUUUGAUUACUCACUGUCUCAUCCACUUUCUUAAAACUCAAUUUUGGAUCUUCCCUUCUUCAAAUAGAGCCUAUUGCUUCAUAUCCCAUUCAUGAAAUCACUGCCUCAUUUUCAUCAAUAACAUUUAACAACUCUGAAUAUCCUCUUCAUCUUUCCAUUACCUUCAACUCUGUACCUAACUUCUCAUGCCUUUCAUAACUGACUACUAAGCUCAUUUUCCCAAGUAUGUACAUACAUAUGUAUAUACAUGCAUGCAUGCAUACAUACAUACAUAUACAUACAUACAUACAUACACAUACAUACAUACAUACAUACAUACAUACAUACAUACAUACAUACAUACA